AUAAGCAACGUCUUGUUUUUUAUUUUACCACCCAUAUGUAUGUGCUUAUUCCGUCAAUACGCAACCUGCUUCAACAGUGGAAUAUAUUUAAUCUGGACUCUGCUGGUUGUGGUUGGAAUUGGAUCAGUUUAUUUUCAUGCUACUCUCAGUUUCUUGGGCCAGAUGUUGGAUGAACUGGCUAUUCUCUGGGUCCUGAUGUGUGCUCUUGCCAUGUGGUUCCCUAGGAGAUACCUGCCCAGAGUUUUUCGAAAUGACAGGAGCCGAUUCAAAGCUGCUGUGGGUGUCCUCUCUGGAGUUACUACCUGCCUUGCCUUCAUUAAGCCUGCCAUCAACAACAUCUCACUAAUGACUCUGGGUGUUCCCUGCACAGCUUUGCUCAUUGCUGAGUUGAAGAGGUGUGAAAACCUGCGUGUGUACAAACUAGGUCUUUUUUCAGGUCUUUGGUGGAUGCUAGCACUUUUCUGCUGGAUCAGUGACAAAGUAUUUUGUGAAAUCUGGUCCUCGUUUAACUUCCCCUAUUUGCACUGCGUAUGGCACAUUUUGAUUUGCCUUGCAGCAUACCUGGGCUGCGUCUGCUUUGCUUACUUCGAUGCUGCCUCUGAGAUCCCUGAGCAGGGCCCUGUCAUAAAGUUCUGGCCCAGUGAAAGAUGGGCAUUCAUCGGGGUUCCCUACGUCACUCUCCUCUGUGCACACAAGAAGUCACCUGUGAAGAUCACCUGAAGUUGGCGAUGGAAUGGGAAUGGAGUUUCAACUUACAUUCCAGCACGGACAGUAUUUAAAUAAUGAUAAAUGAAUAGGGUUUUAUUUUAUCUUCUUCCUAAGAUAUGCAGUACUUCAGGUGUCAUAGGAAAAAGAGGCAAGUGUGUCCUUUCCUCUCUCUGGAGAGAGGAGGGAGGAAGUUGGAGGCUCUUGAACCAGCUUCUCUGGUUGAAUGUUUUGCACUGUGUUUUCAAUGUAGCACUUCUCUUGAUAAAAGCUCUUUACAA